AACAAAUUUCCCUACCAGCAAGGAAGCAUGGCUGCCAAAUCAGGACAAACUGUCGAUCUUACGACUCUUCCUGUACAACAAUUAAAUCAGCUGUCACAACAGUUAGAUCAGGAGGUAGAGUUUUUUACCAAUUCUAUGAAUCAGCUGAAGCUGGCUCAGGGGAAAUUUGUCGAGUCUCAGGAAUGUCUGAACAAGGCCACACCCGACAACCUCAACAAAGACAUCUUAGUGCCUCUCACAAGUUCUAUGUAUGUGCCUGGGGAGCUGAGUGAUGUACAGAAUGUCCUGGUGGAUAUUGGGACUGGCUACUACGUAGAAAUGACUGUGAAAAUACAUCUACAGGGCAAGGAUUAUUUCAGAGAGGAUUAUUUCAAGAGGAAAGUAGAGUUCUUAACAAAACAAAUUGAAAAAAUCCAGCCCAUUAUGCAGGAAAAGUAUAGAAUGAAACAAGCUGUGUUGGAAGUGAUCCAGCUGAAGGUCCAGGCUCAGAUAGCAGCACAGCAACAGGCAGGCAAUGCACCCAAGGCAUAGACUGGUAUAUGCUUGCAGGCAUACACCCAAGCUCCAUGUCUCAUGACAUCCACACCAUUGACAAUGACAUCAUUAACAUGUGACAUCGGACCACUGCUCACCGACAGGAUUAACUUGUGGUUGUUUCAAAAGCAUUCUCCCUCACAGACAUUGCUCUCUUCAUCCUGUUUUAGUGCAGGAGCCUGUUGUGACUCGCAUGUUCUCAUGAACAUGUUCAGGGUUUGGUUGCCGAGUGUCAUCAACUACUGGUACAACUGUGUACCUCAGGUAUAUCAAUUGGAAAUUUACUUGUUCUGGUCAAUCUAGAAUAUGUUUAGAAUAUGGCAUAGCCAGAAUAUGUGUAGAAUAUUAUUUAUUCCAUAUUGGGAAAAUGUUUGAAAAGAGAGAAGAGCAUUGGUUUGUUGAUGUAAUGGUUGAUCAGUCAACUCAACUGGUUACUAUUUGAAAACAUUUUGGAGACAAAAAUAGGAAAUGUUGUGUAACAUACAUGUAUGACUAUGAAUAAACUAAAUUAAUUCCUC